AUGUCCAAGACGCUCCUCAUCACCGGUGCCACUGGCAAGCAGGGCGGCGCAGUCAUCAAGGCCCUCCUCGCAGCCGACGCCGACUUCACCAUCCUCGCCGUGACCCGCAACCCCUCUUCCGACUCGGCCAAGGCGCUCGAGAAGCAGUCGCCCAAGAUCAAGGUCAUCAAGGGCGAUCUCAACGACCCCAAGGCCAUCUUCACUGCCGCCGGCUCGCCCAUCUGGGGCGUCUUCAGCGUGCAAGUCCCCGGCGGCGACGGCCAGACGCCCGAGACCGAAGAAGCCCAGGGCAAGGCCCUCAUCGACGCCGCCCUCGCCCACGGCGUCCAGCACUUCGUCUACACCUCGGUCGAGAGGGGCGCCCCUCGGCCCAACGUGCCGACCGAGGUGCCGCACUUCGCCAGCAAGCACCGCGUCGAAGAGCAUCUGCUGGCCAAGGCCGGCGAGAACAAUAUGACCUGGACCGUCAUCCAGCCCGUCGCCUUCCUCGACAACUACAGCGGCCAUGCCCCGCAGUUUGCCGCCGCCUUCGCCGCCAUGUGGAAGAGCUACCUCGGCGAGGAGCAGAAGCUCCAGGUCAUCGCCAGCACCGACAUCGGCAAGGUCGCCGCCCGCUCCUUUGUCCAGCCGGACAAGUACGCCGGCAGGAAGAUCCCGCUGGCUGGUGACGACCUCAGCUAUAGUGACGUCAAGCGUAUUUUCAAGGAGAAGACCGGAAAGGACAUUUCCGAGGCUCCUGAGCAAGUUGCUCGGGGUAUCGUGGAGAGCAAUGCCGACUUCAAGGCCAUGUGGACCUGGUUCGACACUGACGGAUUCGGGGCCGAUGUCCCGGCACUGAGGAAGGAGUUCCCCGACCUCAUGGACUACGCCACCUGGCUGGUGAACGAGGGAGGUUACAACGCCCAGUAG